AUGUACACCAAUUGGGAUGAAAACCUCAUGGAUACGAUUGCUGAAUUGAGGUGGUAUCCGAUCAAACAAGUCAUUGAUUAUCUGCAUACAUUACGCACGUUGAUUAUUGAUACACCUGGAAAGUUUGGCCAAGUCUAUGUCCCUUGCAAACUUCCAGCAACCAAAUAUAAACGCUUCCCAGAGACAUCGGCUUAUGUGUGUGAGAGUCAUACGCAUUUUGGACAAUUCAUGCCCAAGCUGGCUUUGAUGGCCAACAUCUUGGUGAAUAUCCACCGUUUAGAAAGAGAUUAUCCUGGUUUCAAUACACAAGGCGAGCUCGAAGAAAAGGCACUGGCCCUCAUCCAAGAAGCAUUGACGUCCAUUGAAAGUCGACAGGGUGUCAUGGGCAGAGAAGCAUUUGAAAAGAAAUACGACUUGCACUGGUCA